AUGAGCUUCUCCCAUAUCCUGCCCUUCCUCUUUGCCAUUCAUGAGAUCAACCAGAAUCCAAGGCUCUUGCCCAACAUCACCCUGGGCUACAACCUCUAUGAGAACUUUUUCAAUGCAAGGAUGACCUAUGAGGCCAUGAUGGACCUGCUGUCGACAGGGCAGGAGAAUGUCCCAAACUACAGUUGCGGAACACCCAAACAUCUGCUGGCAGCGCUUGAAGGAACCCAUUCUGAGCUCUUUCAUGAUGUUACCACUAUGUUGGGCAUUUACAAAAUCCCACAGGUCAAUUAUGGGGUCAUCAGCCACAUUCCUGAGCAAAAACAGUAUUUUCCUUUUUUCUACCGGGUGAGUCCAAAACAAGAGCCUCCUCACUUGGCAAUUGUCAAGCUCCUCCUGCAUUUCCGAUGGACGUGGAUCAGCCUCUUUGCUCUGGAAAAUGAAAGCGGAGAAAAGUUUAGAAGAAACUUUGAGCUUGUGGCCAUCAAGAACGGGCUUCAUCCGUUCCUAAGAAACUUCCAGCUUUACAAUCUUUCAGGGGAUGAGGUUUAUUUGGAUGAGAAUGGAGAUCCUGCUACUGACUUCGACAUCAUGGACUGGGCAGUAUUUCCCAACAAAACUGCUGCUGGGGUGACAAUCGGAAAGAUAGAAAGGGAGGCCUCUUCCGAAGUCAAGCUCUCCAUCGAUCAGAGGGCCAUCAUAUGGCCAAGUUCAUUUCACCAGAAAAUGCCUUUUUCAAGAUGCGCUGAAAGUUGUCUCCCAGGGUACGCCAAGCUCACAAGAGAGGGAGCACCAGUUUGCUGCUACGACUGUUCUCCGUGUGUGGAAGGAACCAUCUCCACGGAGGAAGAUGCAGCCCACUGUAGAAAGUGUCCAGAUGACCAGCAUUCCAAUAAGAAGCGGGAUCAAUGUGUCCCCAAAGUUAUAAGCUUCCUGUCCUAUGAAGAAAUCUUAGGUCUGCUCCUGGCUCUCUUUUCCUCCUUUUUGUCUCUAACCACUGCCUUCAUUCUAGGAAUCUUCAUUAAAUACCGAGAAACUCCCCUAGUCAAAGCCAACAACCGGGACCUCACCUACAUUCUCCUGGUUUCCCUCCUGCUUUCCUUCUUGACACCCUUUCUAUUCAUUGGACACCCCAGGAAAGUGACCUGCCUUCUUCGACAAACCGCCUUCAGUGUUGUUUUCUCUGUUGCUGUGUCUUCGUUGCUGGCCAAGACUGUCAUGGUGGUGGUAGCCUUUCUGGCCACAAAGCCAGGCAGCAGGAUGAGGAAAUGGCUGGGGAAGAGUCUCGCCAACUCCAUUGUCUUGUCCUGCUCUGGGGUUCAGGUGGGCAUUUGCAUUAUAUGGCUGGGAAUCUCCCUUCCAUUCCCAGAUGCCGACCUGUAUUCCCAACCAGGACAUAUCUUGCUGCAGUGCAACGAAGGUUCAGUCACCAUGUUCUAUGCUGCAUUGGGUUAUAUGGGUCUUCUGGCUGCCAUCUGCUUCUUGGUGGCUUUCCCGGCUCGGAAGCUGCCAGGGACCUUCAACGAAGCCAAGUGGAUCACCUUCAGCAUGUUGGUUUUCUGCAGCGUUUGGGUCUCCUUUGUCCCCACCUACCUGAGCACCAAAGGGAAAUACAUGGUGGCUGUGCAGAUCUUCUCCAUCCUGGCCUCCAGCCUGGGCUUACUGGGCUGCAUCUUUAUCCCCAAAUGCUACAUCAUCAUCCUGAGACCUGACAUGAACACCAAGGAGCAUCUAAUGAUGAAAAUUAAUGUGGGCUCCUGA